GUGCCCUGACUGGGAAUCGAACCCGGAUUGCCUGGACCCUAGGUCGAUGCUCAACCGCUGAGCCCAGCUGGGCUACUUAAUUUUUUCAUAGUAUACCUUAAGUUCACAUCAUUUAAAUGUAUAUAAACAUCAGAGGUAUUAAAGACUGUGUGAGAGAGAAAGGGAAAAUAGUAGGGAGAGAGAGAAGAGCUCUGUUUAAAUCUAUUUAUCCUAAUGUCUCUUAAAUAUGACUGUAGAUGGAAGUGCAGUAGUUUUAGCACACAGGAUUGAAGGAAUAUUAACGCUAGCCAUGCCAUAAAGUAUCUUUAAAAAAAAUCCUGAUGUUGUCAUAGUCUGCCUCUUUAUUCCUUUUUCUCUUCAGGGUUUAAAAAAAAAAAUGAAUUCCUGGAUUGUACAACAUGAGUAUUUUUUGCAAAUUCUGAAAUAUUUGUUAAUGAAGGUAAUGUUCUCGUAAAAACAUGCAACAUAAUUAGUUUUUGACAGUUGCUGUCUGUCAUUGACAUUUGACAGUUGUCUUCUGCAUUACUAACGUAAAGGACUAAAGGCAUCUCCUUGUCAGUUCUGACCUGCAGUUGCCCUUUCUAAGUUUGCCAUGGCAGAAAAAUCAAUAUUGCAUUGAUUACAUCAUGUUUAGCUUUUUAAAUUUGGGUAUAGAUGACCAUUUUUCCUUUUCAAGAUGAGAUAUUUUUCUUAUAGAAGAAAUAUUGUCAUUAUAGAAUAUUUGGGGAAAUAGUGAAAACUAUACAAAAGGAAAACAAGCAUAAUGAGUAGUACCAUGUAUUUCCUUCUUUUUGGUAUGUAUAUAAGACGCAUUUACAGAUUAGAGAUUAUUUUUAUAUUUUUAUUCCCUUUUUUAUUUAAAAUUUUCAUUUCCCCCUCUCCCACUUCUGAAGACUGGUUAGUGUACCUUUUGACCUGGUACGUAGAUUUCUCUAAUGGCUAUUGAGGUAGAUAAUGUGUUGGCUAUUUAUGAUGUGCAGCAUGGAGCACAGAUGAUUGAGCCUUCCAGUUGUCCUAUCUCCUAUUCCCUCAGCUGCUACUAGAGCUAUUCUUUAAUAUUUACCAUUAUGUAAAGUAUAGUGCAAGUGGCUGCCACUAUCCUGUUCUCCUUUUUUGCACUCCUGCUGACCAAACAAGGGAUCAUUAUAGGAAUUAUUCUUGACAGAAGUAUUUUUAAAGAAAAAUAUUUACAAUGGCCUCAGCAGUUCUUAGUUCUGUUCCCACUACUGCGUCUCGUUUUGCCCUUUUGCAAGUGGAUAGCGGCAGUGGCUCUGAUUCUGAACCUGGAAAAGGCAAAGGUCGGAAUACUGGAAAGUCUCAAACAAGCAAAUCAACUACAAAUGAGAAAAAGAGAGAGAAAAGAAGAAAAAAGAAGGAACAGCAACAGAGUGAAGCAAAUGAGCUCAGGAAUCUUGCUUUUAAGAAAAUUCCCCAGAAAUCCUCCCAUGCCACUUGUAACACUCAACAUGAGCUUUCUUUACCAAACCCAGUACAGAAGGAUUCACGAGAAGAAAAUUGGCAAGAGUGGAGACAAAGAGAUGAGCAGCUGACAUCUGAAAUGUUUGAAGCAGAUCUUGAGAAGGCAUUGUUGCUAAGUAAAUUAGAAUAUGAAGAACACAAAAAGGAGUUUGAAAAUAACGAAAAUGCUUCAACUCAGUCAAAGGUUAUGAAUAAAAAAGAUAAAAGAAAGAAUCAUCAGGGAAAAGACAAACCUCUCACAGUAUCACUAAAAGAUUUUCAUUCUGAAGAUCACAUUAGUAAAAAGACAGAGGAAUUGAGUUCUUCUCAAACUUUAUCACAUGAUGGAGGAUUCUUCAAUAGACUGGAAGAUGAUGUUCAUAAAAUUCUUAUUAGAGAAAAAAGAAGAGAACAGCUUACAGAAUAUAAUGGAACAGAUAAUUGCGCAGCUCAUGAACACAACCAGGAAGUAGUUCUGAAAGAUGGAAGAAUUGAAAGACUCAAGUUGGAACUUGAAAGGAAAGAUGCUGAAAUCCAGAAGCUAAAAAAUGUGAUCACUCAGUGGGAGGCAAAGUAUAAAGAAGUAAAGGCAAGAAAUGCACAGUUAUUGAAAAUGCUUCAGGAAGGUGAAAUGAAAGAUAAAGCAGAAAUACUUCUGCAAGUUGAUGAAUCACAAAGUAUCAAGAAUGAACUGACUAUACAGGUGUCUUCACUUCAUGCUGCGUUAGAACAAGAAAGAUCUAAAGUGAAAGUAUUACAAGCAGAAUUAGCCAAAUAUCAGGGUGGCAGAAAAGGGAAAAGAAACUCUGAAUUCGACCAGUGUAGGUGAUUCCAUUAGCCUUUGAGGUCAACACAAAAAUUAAAACUUUCAGGGUUUUGCAAAAAUGUAUAUAUUUAAUGCUGUACAACUGCUAAGCUAUGCAGUUUUUGUUGAAGAAAUACUUAAAACAAUUAGCUUACUACAGUCUAUACUUUUUUGUCCUUUUGGCUUAAAGUGAAAAGAAGAAAAACAGAAUUCCAGCAGAACACAAUGAUUAUUGUUUACUAUCCGUACUUCUUAUCACUUUAGUUUUUCAUCAGUCAAUAAAAUUAAUUUACUCUUCCAUUAA